AUGAAACAGAAUAUCAGCAAUGCCUGUGGCACUGUCGCUCUAGUGCACAGUAUUGCAAACAAUACUGACAAAAUUCAACUGACUGAAGGUCAUUUAAAGAAGUUCUUAGAUGAAGCUAAAGAGUUAGAUGCUGCUGCUCGUGGCACUUUGCUUGAAAAGUCAGAGGGUAUUAUUAAUGCUCAUAAAGAAUUGGCCCAAGAAGGUCAAACCAAUACUCCCAGUGCUGAUGAUCCUGUUAAUCAUCAUUUUAUUACUUUUGUCCACAAAGAUGGAGCUUUAUAUGAGUUAGAUGGUCGUAAAGCAUUUCCUAUAAAUCACGGGCCAACUACACCUGAUAAUUUAUUGGAAGAUGCAGCAGCUGUUUGCAAGAAGUUUAUUGCCCGUGAUCCAAAUGAAGUUCGCUUCACUGUAGUUGCCUUAACCGAAUCCAAUUAA